AUGGCGGACCCACCCGUGGGGGCUCCCGAAGCCCCUCCCACAUACACCCAAGGAACGAGAAACCCCUUUUCAGCGGUUAACUUCGAACCAUCGUUCGUUCCUCGCAAGAGAAGGAGCCCUCGUCAUGGAGACGAAAUUACCACUAGCGCACGCUCGAACCCCGAGUUUGCGGCCACUGGCGAAAAUGGUGGGCGGGUCACAACUAAGGAGCUGCGACAGCUCAUCGACAGCCUGAAGGAAAUCAUCACCAACCAGACCGCUGUUAUUGAGUCCACAAAGGCGGACCUCCAAGAAGUCAAACGCGACCAACAGGCCCUCAAAUCUAUCAACGACGAGCUGAGAGAAGAAGUGCGAACGCUUCGGACGCAGAUCGACGGGCUAGCCAGCACUCUACCAACGCGAUCAUGGGCCUCUGUAGCAGCCGGCACGGGCAACCCUGGACCCCCGGUGCAACACCAACGACCUGACAAAGACCGCAACUGCGUCCGAAUUAGCACACAGCGCGCGUAUGUUGAUCCCCAGGAUAAUGAAGAUGGUGAGGAAAACGCCUUCGGCCGAUACCUCCCCACCGCUACCGCCAAUACCCACAUCCGAACCGCGUUGUUGAAUACGUCGGCUACUCAAGACGUGCAAGUAGCUGGUAUUGGCACCACGAAGACCGGGUACAUGAUCCGGUUCAAAGACGUCGAGUCGGCCGAGACCGCCCGUAACAACACAGAGUGGUUAAACGAACUGGGCAACGACACGAAACUAGUCAAGCCCCGGUUCGGCAUCGUUGUGCACCGUACUCCAACGGAAGGCUUCGAUCUCAACGGAGACAAAGCAGGAGCCAUCGAGAAGAUCAUGAGCGAAAACGAGUUGACUGAGCCGGGAUUCCAAAUCGGGGACCUUGCGUGGCUGAAGAAAAGAGACAAAGUGCUAGGCAACUUCGCGUCACUCGGCAUAUGGUUUGAUACAGCAGAAGCAGCGCAAUGGAUCGUCGACAAUGGCCUCUUAGUGGGCCAGAGAUAUAUUGGAAGCGUGGAACACUUGUCCGACCCCAGCGAACUCGAACCCCUCACAAUGUUAAGGACGAACCUACGAGUACUACAAUUGAACAUCAUGAAAUCGAGGGCCGGUAUGGAGGCCCUUAUCAACGACCAUGAGAGUCAGAACCUGGAUGUGUUGCUUAUUCAGGAACCAUCGAUCACUGCAUACCGAACACAUGUCAACCACAGUGCCUGGCGACUAUACCGUCCGACGAUCGAAAACGAUGCAAUUCGACUUCGCAGUUUGAUUUACGUCAGCAAAAGGAUCUCUACUUCUUCCCAUCGCCAGGUGCAUUGCGACCACUCGGACGUAACGGCAAUCAAAGUAUGGACGCCCGAGUCCCAGAUCCUUCUCUUUUCAAUAUACAUUCCACCAGUGCUUCUCCACACCCCUGAAGAAACUUCGGCAGAACCAGUGCUACGGGCUAUUCGAGACACUAUCGAAACAGUCUGCGACGGUGACGGAAGGCCGACGAGCAUUGUCGUGUCUGGCGAUUUCAAUCGUCACCAUCCCACGUGGAGCGGCAAUAACAUCUAUCCACGGUUCGCGGAACACGCAACCGAGUUAAUCGACUUCCUCCAAGCGCACAACCUCCAGGGCUGUCUCCCUCGAGGCACACCGACGUUCUGGUCUCUUAACCAACCGGGGAAGACGUCCACCAUUGACCAGACGGUAACAGACAACCCUAAUCGACUGAUUAAGUGUAAUCUGUACCAUGAGAACUACGGCUCAGAUCACCGUGCCACAUACAGCGAAUGGGACCUUCAGGCAAAGCGCCACGUCACCACGAAGCCUAGAAGAGCAUACGACCGGGCUGACUGGGACAAAAUCGGGGAGGAAGUGCGACUCCAGACGGAGUCAUGGCCUGCCCCGACGACGACGACGACACUAGACGAAAUUGUGGGGAAGCUCACGGAGGCGACCUCGGUAGCGAUUGGGAAGCAUACUCCCCUUCUACGGCCAACCCCAUACUCAAAACGAUGGUUCACACCUGAUCUGAAAGAGCAGCAAACUGAACUGAAUCGCACCCGACGGAAAUGGCAGGAGAGUUGUGCAGAGCUCGGUCGGGAUGAUGCGCGCUCGACUGCCCUAUUCCAGACGAUGCUACAGAAACGUCGUGCAUGGAACCGGACAAUCGAAAACGCCAAAACAGCGCACUGGAAGCAAUUUCUGGACCAAGCAGGAGAAGGACACCUAUGGAAGGCCGCAACGUACAUGAAGCCGCGGGAUUCCUGGAGUGGCAUUCCCUCGUUGAAGGUCGGGGCCAACGAACUCACCAGCAAUGAAGACAAAGCCGGUGCCCUCAUGGACGCGUUCUUCCCCAGGAUGGAUGACGCCCAGGAGGAGCUUCUAGCCACAACCCAGGAGGAGAUCCCUUGGAAGCCCAUCACUGAGCUUGAAAUCUCUCGGGCACUCAAAGCUGCCAAGGGAUCCACCGCACCGGGUGAAGACGGCCUGCCCACCCUUGUCUGGAAACAUUUAUGGAAGUAUCUCGGCAAACUCAUCACCCGUCUCUUCACAGCAUCUGUUGACUUGGGACAUCACCCAACGCAGUGGAGACGUGCCAAGAUUGUGGUACUACGGAAGCCUGGAAAGCCAGACUACUCAGUUCCAGGAGCAUACCGUCCAAUAUCAUUGCUUAACACACUAGGCAAGCUAUUGGAAGCGGUGAUGGCGCGGCGCCUGUCGUACUACGCCGAAAAACACGGUCUACUGCCGAACACGCAGUUCGGGGGAAGACCAGGACGAACCACCGAACAAGCCCUAUUGGUGCUAGCUAACGCGAUCGACCGGGCAUGGUGCCAGCAAAAGGUAGUCACGCUUGUGGCUUUCGACCUAAAAGGGGCAUUUAACGGAGUCAACAAGAAGAGCCUCAAUCACCGCCUACAAACCAAGGGGAUACCAGCUAUAGCUAGAAAGUGGAUCGCUAGCUUCAUGAGCGACCGCUUCGCCAACAUUGGAUUCGACGACUUUGAGACCGAGGCCGUCGACUUCCACGGCGGUGCGUCAGCCUACAUUGAUGACUACUUCCGAUGGCGCGUUGGCCGAUCAGCAGAAGCGAACCUACAAAAAAUCCAGUCGGAAGAUAUCCCCCGCAUCGAAGCAUGGGCCAGGAAAACCGGAUCCCACUUCGCGGCUGAGAAAACCGAACUCAUCCACCUUACUAGGAAGAAACGCGAGCAAGGCAAAGGCCAGAUAAUCAUGAACGGCAAGGUGAUUGAACCGUCUACCACUACGAAGCUCCUAGGCGUGAUCUUCGACCAGGAAUUGCGCUGGAAAGAGCAUGUGCAGCAGACAAUCAAAAGAGCGACGAAAGUGAACAUUGCGCUCGGCGGACUCAGACAGCUCCGCCCGGAGCAAAUGCGGCAGCUCUACCAUGCGUGUAUUACACCAGUAGUAGACUAUGCGUCAACCGUGUGGCACAACCCUCUGAAAGACAAAACACAUCUGCGACUACUGGGCACCAUCCAACGAAGUACGCUUAUCCGCAUCCUCUCCGCGUUUAGAACUGUGGCUACCUCUACUUUAGAGGUAGAAGCACACGUACUGCCAACGCACCUACGUCUCCGACACCGUGCACAGAGUACUAUCACGAGGCUGCAUACCCUCCCGCACGAUCAUCCUAUAUGGUCCGCGCUACUACGAGCCCAGAGGCGUAGAGACAAUAUCGGGUCAUAUUCACGGUUCCCGCUAGCUGAAGCCUUAAAGACCAUGGACCUUGAAAGGCUAGAUAGGCUGGAAACAAUUGACCCAAGACCGCUGCCACCAUGGAGACCGGAGGCUUUCACGGAAGUUCAAAUUGAGCCGGAUCGGGAGAUAGCAAUGGAGAGGGCCGAGGCCAUAUGGUCCACCUCGGAUAUUGUCGUCUACUCGGAUGCAUCCGGACGUCAUGACCACCUGGGUGCUGCAGUGGUCACACUUGAUAUGGACCAACAAAUUGCCGAGUCACAACAGAUACAAGUCGGACCGAUGGACCAAUGGUCCGUCCAUGUUGCCGAGCUGAUCGGAAUCUUCUAUGCCAUCAGCUUUGUCUACAAACUAGGGCAUCAAACCCAGAGAUCAACGGACACGCCACGAAGAUCCGCAACGAUUUUAUGCGACAGCAUGUCUGCGCUGCAAGCGAUCCGGAACCCUGGUAACAAAUCGGGACAAAGAAUUAUUCACGCCAUCCUACAGGCAGCCUCAGAAAUCCAAGCACAUGGAGUCAUUCUCCGCCUACAAUGGGUGCCGGGGCACUGUGGUGAUCCCGGGAACGACGCAGCGGAUCGACUUGCGAAGGACGCAGCCUACCCGGGAAAAACACACCCAUUUUGUUCCCUAUUUUCUAGGGAGAAAGCGUUCAUUCGCAACCGUAUCCGUACACAAUGGAAACAGCAAUGGGAGACGUCCGAGAAAGGAAGCCACCUUCGCAGAAUCGACAACACGCUGCCCUCUCCCUACACAAGACGGUUAUACGGCUCCCUGCCAAGGAACCGAGCCUACCUGCUGACACAACUCCGAACGGGACAUUCGUGGCUAUCAACAUAUCGCAAGCUCCGAGGUCACGCCGAAGACGACAAGUGUGUAUGCGGUGCACAAGAAACCGUGGUCCACGUGCUCGUAGACUGCCCGCGGCUGAGAACCUUGCGACAGGAACUACGGAGAAAGGUUGGCGACGCAUUCAAUAGCGUUUCGAUUCUUCUGGGAGGUCAUGAUGAAGGUAAGGUAGGUAAGGAGAACACUGCCACGCGAACCAGCACAGUGGAGGCGGUACUGGACUUUGCGGAGGCAUCAGAACGGUUUCGAAGUCGCGCGCCAUGA